AUGCCUUCGAGAAGAGAAAUCAGUUGCGUCUUUGUCUUUGCUCAGACUGCAACUCAGCUGUGUUUAUGCCUUCGAGAAGAAACUCAGUUGCGUCUUUGUCUUUGCUCAGACUGUAACUCAGCUGUGUUUAUGCCUUCGAGAAAGAAACUCAGUUGCGUCUUUGUCUUUGCUCAGACUGCAACUCAGCUGUGUUUAUGCCUUCGAGAAGAGAGUAAAUCAGUUGCGUCUUUUGUCUUUGCUCAGACUGCAACUCAGCUGUUUGCAACUUAUGCCUUCGAGAAACUCAGUAAAUUUGUCUUUGCUCAGACUGCAACUCAGCUGUGUUUAUGCCUUCGAAGAGAGUUCAGUUGCGUCUUUGUCUUUUUGCAGACUGCAACUCAGCUGUGUUUAUGCCUUCGAGAAGAAGAGAGUAAAUCAGUUGCGUCUUUGUCUUUGCUCAGACUGCAACUCAGCUGUGUUUAUGCCUUCGAGAAGAGAGUAACUCAGUUGCGUCUUUGUCUUUGCUCAGACUGCAACUCAGCUGUGUUUAUGCCUUCGAGAAGAGAGCAACUGCAACUCAGCUGUGUUUAUGCCUUCGAGAAGAGAGUAACUCAGUUGCGUCUUUGUCUUUGCUCAGACUGCAACUCAGCUGUGUUUAUGCCUUCGAAGAAGAAAACUCAGUUGCGUCUUUGUCUUUGCUCAGACUGCAAACUCAGCUGUGUUUAUGCCUUUGUCUUCUCAGAGAAGAGAGUAACUCAGUUGCGUCUUUGUCUUUGCUCAGACUGCAACUCAGCUGUGUUUAUGCCUUCGAGAAAGAGAACUGCAACUCAGCUGUGUUUAUGCCUUCGAGAAGAGAGUAAGUUGCGUCUUUGUCUUGCUCAGACUGCACUCAGUUGCCUUCGUCUUUGCGUCUUUUGUCUUUGCUCGACUGCAACUCAGCUGUGUUUAUGCCUUCGAGAAGAAGAAAUCAGUUGCGUCUUUGUCUUUGCUCAGACUGCAACUCAGCUGUGUUUAUGCCUUCGAGAAGAGAGUAAAUCAGUUGCGUCUUUGUCUUUGCUCAGACUACUGCAACUCAGCUGUGUUUAUGCCUUCGAGACUCAGUUGCGUCUUUGUCUUUGCUCAGACUGCAACUGUGUUUUAUGCCUUCGAGAAGAGAAACUCAGUUGCGUCUUUGCUGUCUUUGCUCAGACUCCAGAUGCUCAGCUGCUGUGUUUAUGCCUUCGAGAAGAGAGUAACUCAGUUGCGUCUUUGUCUUUGCUCAGACUGCAACUCAGCUGUGUUUAUGCCUUCGAGAAGAGAGUAAAUCAGUUGCGUCUUUGUCUUUGCUCAGACUGUAACUCAGCUGUGUUUAUGCCUUCGAAGAAGAGAGUAACUCAGUUGCGUCUUUGUCUUUGCUCAGACUGUAACUCAGCUGUGUUUAUGCCUUCGAGAAGAGAGAAACUCAGUUGCGUCUUUGUCUUUGCUCAGACUGCAACUCAGCUGUGUUUAUGCCUUCGAGAAGAGAGUAAAUCAGUUGCGUCUUUGUCUUUGCUCAGACUGCAACUCAGCUGUGUUUAUGCCUUCGAGAAGAGAACUCAGAUUCUGUCAGCUGUUCUAUACUCUUCUUUUUGUUUUGCUCUGUAUUUUGACAAACCUGCUGUCUUUCUGUUCAGCCUUUCUCUCUUCUUUUGUCUUGCUCUGUCCUAUUCUCUCUUCUUUUGUCUUUCUGUGUGCCAUGACAAACCUAUUGAUUCUGUUCAGCCUAUUCUCUUUCUUUUGUCUUGCUCUGUUUAUACAAACCUUAUGACAAACCUAUAUGAUUCUGUCCAGCCUAUUCUCUCUUCUUUUGUCUUGCUCUCCUAUUCUCUCUUCUUUUGUCUUGCUCUGUAUUAUGACAACAAACCUAUUCUGAUUCUGUCCCUGUCUAUUCUCUCUUCUUUUGUCUUUCUGCUCUGUAUUCUCCUUCUUUUGACAAACUCAUAUGAUUCUGUCCAGCCUAUUCUCUCUUCUUUUGUCUUGCUCUGUGUUCGUGACAAACCUGUAUUUUAUUCUCUCUUCUUUUGUCUUGCUCUGUAUUAUGACAAACCUAUUGAUUCUGUCCAGCCUAUUCUCUCUUCUUUUGUCUUGCUCUCCUAUUCUCUCUUCUUUUCUUUGCUCUGUAUUAUGACAAACCUAUAUGAUUCUGUUCAGCCUAUUCUCUCUUCUUUUGUCUUGCUCUGUAGCCCAGCCUAUUCUCUCUUCUUUUUGUCUUUGCUCUCCUUUCUCCUUCUUUUUUUCUUGCUCUGUCUUAUGACAAACCUAUAUGAUUCUGUCAAUUCUCUCUUCUUUUGUCUUGCUCUCCUAUUUCUCUCUCCCCUUUUUUUGUCUUGCUCUUUUGUUCUGUUCAUUAUGACAAACCUAUAUGAUUCUGUCCAGCCUAUUCUCUCUUCUUUUUGUCUUGCUCUCCUAUUUUCUCUUCUUUUGUCUUUUCCUCUGUGUAUUAAGACAAACCUAUAUAAUUCUGUCAGCCUAUUCUCUCUUUCUUUUGUCUUGCUCUGUAUUAUGAUGAUUCUUUCCAAUUCUCUCUUCUUUUGUCUUGCUUUCUGUAUUAUUCUGUCUGUCAGCCUAUUCUCUCUUCUUUUGUCUCUUAUUAUGACAAACCUAUAUGAUUCUGUUCAUUAUUCUCUCUUCUUUUCCUAUUCUCUCUUCUUUUGUCUUGCUCUGUGUGCAACAAACCUAUAUGAUUCUGUUCAGUCCCUAUUCUCUCUCUCUUUUUUGUCUUUGCUCUCCUAUUCUCUCUUCUUUUGUCUUGCUCUGUAUUAUGACAAACCUGUUCAGCCUAUUCUCUCUUCUUUUGUCUUGCUCUCCUAUUCUCUCUUCUUUUGUCUUGCUCUGUAUUAUACAACCUAUAUGAUUCUGUCCAGCCUGUUCUCUUCUUCUUUUGUCUUGCUCUGUAUUAUGACAAACCUAUAUGAUUCUGUCCAGCCUAUUCUCUCUUUCUUUUGUCUUGCUCUCCUAUUCUCUCUUCUUUUGUCUUGCUCUGUAUUACAUAUUGUCUGUCAGCCUAUUCUCUCUUCUUUUGUCUUGCUCUGUACUGCAACAAACCUAUAUGAUUCUGUCCAGCCUAUUCUCUCUUCUUUUGUCUUGCUCUGUGUUAUGACAAACCUAUAUGAUUCUGUCUUUAUUCUCUCUUCUUUUGUCUUGCUCUGUGUUAUGACAAACCUAUAUGAUUCUGUCCUUCCCUAUUCUCUCUCUCUUUUGUCUUGCUCUGUAUUAUGA